CGCAGUUUCGACGGGAGUGGUCGGCGCGGGCUUCCGUCGAGAUCGCAGUGGAGCAAUGGCGGACUGGCUGUGGGUGCGCUGUGUUUUUGGGCCUCAUCUUCAACGAAUUCACCGGCCCCCGGACCAGCCUCGAACCGAAAGCAGGUCGUCCAGAAGGGGAUUGAACUACCGACCCAGAGGUCUGGAAAAGCACACCGACAGCAUUAUUGGCUGGGCUUCAGUGCUGUGGUCCCUGUCCUACUACAGCUCCCCUCUUCUCCUGGGGUAUCUGUACAGAAAAGGCUACAUCUGCAGCAGUAAGUUGGUUCCAGUGGGUCAGUAUGUGGGAACCGCACUCGUGUGUCUUCUAGGAGUUGCUUGUCUUAGAGGGUGGGGGAGAUGGAGAAACUCUGAAUAUGUUCAGUUUAUCUCGAUUCUUGAGGAAGCUAAGAAGAAUCACACACCAGCAAACAAGAGAAAGCUUAGAUGCUAUGACUUCGACUUCUCAUACUGGCCUGUAGAUUUCAGCUGGAAGGAAGUCAGCAACCCGAAAAUGUCCAAAGGUGGCGUUUCUCUGCUGAAGCCCGAGCCCAAACUGAGAGGAACAGCAGACAACGUUCUUUACUCUGUUCGCACUUUACCGUGCCACAUCGUUGGCUACCUCAUUGCUCACUCUUUUGGGAGGAGGAUGUUGUAUCCUGGUUCUGUGGGGUUGCUACAGAAAGCCAUGAGACCGAUGCUGCAGCAAGGCCAGGCUAAGCUGAUAGAGGAGUUUGACGGUCAAAGGAACAAGCUGGUGGCCUGCGACGGGAACGAGAUCGACACAAUGUUUGUGGAUCGAAGGAGAGACGGGGGCCCGAACGGCCAGACUCUGGUCAUCUGCUGUGAGGGCAACGCCGGAUUUUAUGAGGUGGGCUGCAUGAACACGCCUCUGGAGGGUGGGUACUCCGUUCUGGGCUGGAACCACCCUGGCUUUGGAGGCAGCACGGGAGUGCCGUUUCCCCAGAACGAGGCGAACGCCAUGGAUGUGGUCGUCCAGUUCGCCAUUCACAAACUUGGUUUCCAGCUGAGCGACAUUGUGAUCUAUGCCUGGUCCAUAGGAGGAUUCACAGCCAGUUGGGCGGUGAUGUCAUACCCAGAGAUCCAAGCUAUAGUAUUGGACGCCUCCUUUGAUGACCUCCUCCCUCUGGCUCUCAAAGUUAUGCCUGAAAGUUGGAAACCGCUGGUUCAACACACGGUGAGGCAGUACAUGAACCUUAACAACGCCGAGCAGCUCAUCAAAUACCAGGGACCAGUCCUGUUGAUCAGAAGGACCAAAGAUGAGAUCAUCACCACAACCGGUCCAGAGGACAUCAUGUCCAACAGAGGAAACGAUCUUUUGCUCAGACUGCUUCAGUUCAGGUAUCCCAAAAUAAUGACAGAUGAAGGGAUCCGAGCUGUCAGGCAGUGGCUCGGAGCAUCCAGCCCGUUAGGAGAAGCGUCCGUGUACAGCGGCUAUGAAGUGGAUGACGACUGGUGCACGUCCGUGCUGCAGUCCUAUCAGGCAGACAGAGACGUCUCGUUUCCAUGGAGCGUCGGUGAAGACAUGACUCUGGAGGGGAGACGGCAGCUGGCUCUAUUCCUGGCUCGGAAGUACAUGAGAAACUUUGAAUCCACACACUGCACUCCUCUCCCUGCUGCUGAGUUCCACUCGCCCUGGAGACUGUAGAAGAGACGGGAUGAAGGGAGAGCAGCAGAGUUGGGUGGCCUGUGGUCUGUUUCUGGCAUGGUGUUUUAUUCACACACACACACACACACACACACACUCACAGAGUCCAAAACAUGUAAAUUAUGGUACUUAUUUGCUUUUUAGUUGAGUAUUUAGUCAUUCUCUUUUAAAACGAUGAUGCCAUCACUCACUCCUUCCACUCUUACAAGCAGAAAAACAUUAUAGCUACAAUUAAAGGAAUAUUUAAUAAGUAAAAAGCUGUUUUAUUUCUAAACCAUCAGCCAAAGUGUUUAAGCUGUUCCGGUUUUGCUCUUAAGUGUUCCAUUAAAUAAGCUGAAUAAG